UCAUCUUCCUCAGCUAAUCCUGCAUCAUCCUCUUCCUCUGCUAGUCCUGCUUCCUCAUCCUCCUCCUCCAGUCCCAGUUCGUCAUCCUCCUCAGCUACUCCCGUAUCAUCAUCUUCCUCAGCUAGUCCAAUUUCCUCAUCUUCCUCAGCCAGUCCCGCAUCAUCCUCUUCAUCUGCUAGCCCUGUUUCUUCAUCAUCCUCCUCCAGUCCCAGUUCAUCAUCCUCCUCAGCUACUCCUGUAUCCUCGUCUUCCUCAGCUAGUCCAGCAUCAUCCUCUUCAUCAGCUAGCCCUGCUUCCUCAUCAUCCUCUUCCAGUCCCAGUUCAUCAUCCUCCUCAGCUAGUCCCAGUUCGUCAUCCUCCUCAGCUAGUCCCGUAUCAUCAUCUUCCUCAGCCAGUCCAGCAUCAUCCUCUUCAUCUGCUAGCCCUGUUUCCUCAUCCUCCUCCUCCAGUCCCAGUUCGUCAUCCUCCUCAGCUAGUCCUGUAUCAUCAUCUUCAUCAGCUAGUCCAGCAUCAUCCUCUUCAUCUGCUAGCCCUGUUUCCUCAUCCUCCUCCUCCAGUCCCAGUUCGUCAUCCUCCUCAGCUACUCCUGUAACAUCAUCUUCCUCAGCUAGUCCAAUUUCCUCAUCUUCCUCAGCCAGUCCCGCAUCAUCCUCUUCAUCUGCUAGCCCUGUUUCCUCAUCCUCCUCCUCCAGUCCCAGUUCGUCAUCCUCCUCAGCUACUCCUGUAACAUCAUCUUCCUCAACUAGUCCAAUUUCCUCAUCUUCCUCACCCAGUCCCGCAUCAUCCUCUUCAUCUGCUAGCCCUGUUUCCUCAUCAUCCUCCUCCAGUCCAAGUUCAUCAUCCUCCUCAGCUACUCCUGUAUCCUCAUCUUCCUCAGCUAGUCCAGCAUCAUCCUCUUCAUCUGCUAGCCCUGCUUCCUCAUCCUCCUCUUCCAGUCCCAGUUCAUCAUCCUCCUCAGCUAGUCCUGUAUCAUCAUCUUCCUCAGCUAGUCCAGCAUCAUCCUCUUCAUCUGCUAGCCCUGUUUCCUCAUCCUCCUCCUCCAGUCCCAGUUCAUCAUCCUCCUCAGCUAGUCCUGUAUCAUCAUCUUCCUCAGCUAGUCCAGCAUCAUCCUCUUCAUCUGCUAGCCCUGCUUCCUCAUCCUCCUCUUCCAGUCCCAGUUCAUCAUCCUCCUCAGCUAGUCCCGUAUCAUCAUCUUCAUCAGCUAGUCCUGCAUCAUCCUCUUCAUCUGCUAGCCCUGUUUCCUCAUCCUCCUCCUCCAGUCUCAGUUCGUCAUCCUCCUCAGGUACUCCCGUAACAUCAUCUUCCUCAGCUAGUCCAAUUUCCUCAUCUUCCUCAGCCAAUCCCGCAUCACCCUCUUCAUCUGCUAGCCCUGUUUCCUCAUCAUCCUCCUCCAGUCCCAGUUCGUCAUCCUCCUCAGCUACUCCUGUAUCAUCAUCCUCCUCAGCUAGUCCCAGUUCGUCAUCCUCCUCAGCUAGUCCCGUACCAUCAUCUUCCUCAGCUAGUCCAGCAUCAACCUCUUCAUCUGCUAGCCCUGUUUCCUCAUCCUCCUCCUCCAGUCCCAGUUCGUCAUCCUCCUCAGCUAGCCCUGUAUCAUCAUCUUCAUCAGCAACAUCAUCCUCUUCAUCUGCUAGCCCUGCUUCCUCAUCCUCCUCUUCCAGUCCCAGUUCAUCAUCCUCCUCAGCUAGUCCCGUAUCAUCAUCUUCCUCAGCCAGUCCAGCAUCAUCCUCUUCAUCUGCUAGCCCUGUUUCCUCAUCCUCCUCCUCCAGUCCCAGUUCAUCAUCCUCCUCAGCUAGUCCCAGUUCGUCAUCCUCCUCAGCUAGUCCCGUAUCAUCAUCUUCCUCAGCCAGUCCAGCAUCAUCCUCUUCAUCUGCUAGCCCUGUUUCCUCAUCCUCCUCUUCCAGUCCCAGUUCAUCAUCCUCCUCAGCUAGUCCCAGUUCGUCAUCCUCCUCAGCUAGUCCCGUAUCAUCAUCUUCCUCAGCCAGUCCAGCAUCAUCCUCUUCAUCUGCUAGCCCUGUUUCCUCAUCCUCCUCCUCCAGUCCCAGUUCAUCAUCCUCCUCAGCUAGUCCUGUAUCAUCAUCUUCAUCAGCUAGUCCAGCAUCAUCCUCUUCAUCAGCAAACCCUGUUUCCUCAUCCUCCUCCUCCAGUCCCAGUUCAUCAUCCUCCUCAGCUAGUCCUGUGUCAUCAUCUUCCUCAGCUAGUCCAGCAUCAUCCUCUGCAUCUGCUAGCCCUGCUUCCUCAUCCUCCUCUUCCAGUCCCAGUUCAUCAUCCUCCUCAGCUAGUCCCAGUUCGUCAUCCUCCUCAGCUGGUCCCGUAUCAUCAUCUUCCUCAGCCAGUCCAGCAUCAUCCUCUUCAUCUGCUAGCCCUUUAUCCUCAUCUUCCUCAGCUAAUCCAAUUUCCUCAUCGUCCUCAGCUAGUUCCAUAUCCUCAUCCUCCUCAAACAGUCCAGCAUCAUCCUCUUCAUCUGCUAGCCCUGUUUCCUCAUCCUCCUCUUCCAGCCCCAGUUCAUCAUCCUCCUCAGCUAGUCCCGUAUCAUCAUCUUCCUCAGCUAGUCCAGCAUCGUCCUCUUCAUCUGCAAACCCUGUUUCCUCAUCCUCCUCCUCCAGUCCAAGUUCAUCUUCCUCCUCAGCUAGUUCUAUAUCAUCAUCUUCCUCAGCUAGUCCCGUAUCAUCAUCUUCCUCAGCCAGUCCCGCAUCAUCCUCUUCAUCUGCUAGCCCUGUUUCCUCAUCCUCCAGUCCCAGUUCAUCAUCCUCCUCAGCUACUCCUGUAUCCUCAUCUUCCUCAGCUAGUCCAGCAUCAUCCUCUUCUUCUGCUAGCCCUGUUUCCUCAUCCUCCUCUUCCAGUCCCAGUUCAUCAUCCUCCUCAGCUAGUCCCAGUUCGUCAUCCUCCUCAGCUAGUCCCGUAUCAUCAUCUUCCUUAGCCAGUCCAGCAUCAUCCUCUUCAUCUGCUAGCCCUGUUUCCUCAUCCUCCUCCUCCAGUCCCAGUUCAUCAUCCUCCUCAGCUAGUCCUGUAUCAUCAUCUUCAUCAGCUAGUCCAGCAUCACCCUCUUCAUCAGCAAACCCUGUUUCCUCAUCCUCAUCCUCCAGUCCCAGUUCAUCAUCAUCCUCAACUAGUCCCGUAUUAUCAUCUUCCUCAGCUAGUCCAGCAUCAUCCUCUUCAUCUGCUAGCCCUGCUUCCUCAUCCUCCUCUUCCAGUCCCAGUUCAUCAUCCUCCUCAGCUAGUCCUGUAUCAUCAUCUUCCUCAGCUAGUCCAGCAUCAUCCUCUUCAUCUGCUAGCCCUGUUUCCUCAUCCUCCUCCUCCAGUCCCAGUUCAUCAUCCUCCUCAGCUAGUCCCGUAUCAUCAUCUUCAUCAGCUAGUCCUGCAUCAUCCUCUUCCUCUGCUAGUCCUGCUUCCUCAUCCUCCUCCUCCAGUCCCAGUUCGUCAUCCUCCUCAGCAUCAUCCUCUUCAUCUGCUAGCCCUGCUUCCUCAUCCUCCUCUUCCAGUCCCAGUUCAUCAUCCUCCUCAGCUAGUCCUGUAUCAUCAUCUUCAUCAGCUAGUCCAGCAUCAUCCUCUUCAUCAGCAAAUCCUGUUUCCUCAUCCUCCUCCUCCAGUCCCAGUUCAUCAUCCUCCUCAGCUAGUCCCAGUUCGUCAUCCUCCUCAGCUGGUCCCGUAUCAUCAUCUUCCUCAGCCAGUCCAGCAUCAUCCUCUUCAUCUGCUAGCCCUGUAUCCUCAUCUUCCUCAGCUAAUCCAAUUUCCUCAUCUUCCUCAGCUAGUUCCAUAUCCUCAUCUUCCUCAAACAGUCCAGCAUCAUCCUCUUCAUCUGCUAGCCCUGUUUCCUCAUCCUCCUCUUCCAGCCCCAGUUCAUCAUCCUCCUCAGCUAGUCCCGUAUCAUCAUCUUCCUCAGCUAGUCCAGCAUCGUCCUCUUCAUCUGCAAACCCUGUUUCCUCAUCCUCCUCCUCCAGUCCAAGUUCAUCUUCCUCCUCAGCUAGUCCUAUAUCAUCAUCUUCCUCAGCUAGUCCCGUAUCAUCAUCUUCCUCAGCCAGUCCCGCAUCAUCCUCUUCAUCUGCUAGCCCUGUUUCCUCAUCCUCCUCCUCCAGUCCCAGUUCAUCAUCCUCCUCAGCUACUCCUGUAUCCUCAUCUUCCUCAGCUAGUCCAGCAUCAUCCUCUUCUUCUGCUAGCCCUGUUUCCUCAUCCUCCUCUUCCAGUCCCAGUUCAUCAUCCUCCUCAGCUAGUCCCAGUUCGUCAUCCUCCUCAGCUAGUCCCGUAUCAUCAUCUUCCUCAGCCAGUCCAGCAUCAUCCUCUUCAUCUGCUAGCCCUGUUUCCUCAUCCUCCUCCUCCAGUCCCAGUUCAUCAUCCUCCUCAGCUAGUCCUGUAUCAUCAUCUUCAUCAGCUAGUCCAGUAUCAUCCUCUUCAUCAGCAAACCCCGUUUCCUCAUCCUCCUCCUCCAGUCCCAGUUCAUCAUCCUCCUCAGCUAGUCCUGUGUCAUCAUCUUCCUCAGCUAGUCCAGCAUCAUCCUCUUCAUCUGCAAGCCCUGCUUCCUCAUCAUCCUCUUCUAGUCCCAGUUCAUCAUCCUCCUCAGCUAGUCCCAGUUCGUCAUCCUCCUCAGCUAGUCCCGUAUCAUCAUCUUCCUCAGCCAGUCCAGCAUCAUCCUCUUCAUCUGCUAGCCCUGUUUCCUCCUCCUCCUCCAUUCCCAGUUCAUCAUCCUCCUCAGCUAGUCCUGUAUCAUCAUCUUCAUCAGCUAGUCCAGCAUCAUCCUCUUCAUCAGCAAACCCUGUUUCCUCAUCCUCCUCCUCCAGUCCCAGUUCAUCAUCCUCCUCAGCUAGUCCUGUGUCAUCAUCUUCCUCAGCUAGUCCAGCAUCAUCCUCUUCAUCUGCUAGCCCUGCUUCCUCAUCCUCCUCUUCCAGUCCCAGUUCAUCAUCCUCCUCAGCUAGUCCCAGUUCGUCAUCCUCCUCAGCUAGUCCCGUAUCAUCAUCUUCCUCAGCCAGUCCAGCAUCAUCCUCUUCAUCUGCUAGCCCUGUUUCCUCAUCCUCCUCCUCCAGUCCCAGUUCAUCAUCCUCCUCAGCUAGUCCAGUGUCAUCAUCUUCCUCAGCCACAUCAUCCUCUUCAUCUGCUAGCCCUGUUUCCUCAUCCUCCUCUUCCAGCCCCAGUUCAUCAUCCUCCUCAUCUAGUCCUGUAUCAUCAUCUUCCUCAGCCAGUCCAGCAUCAUCCUCUUCAUCUGCUAGCCCUGUUUCCUCUUCCUCCUCCUCCAGUCCCAGUUCAUCUUCCUCCUCAGCUAGUCCUGUAUCAUCAUCUUCCUCAGCUAGUCCCAUAUCAUCAUCUUCCUCAGCCAGUCCCCCAUCAUCCUCUUCAUCUGCUAGCCCUGCUUCCUCAUCCUCCUCUUCCAGUCCCAGUUCAUCAUCCUCCUCAGCUAGUCCCAGUUCGUCAUCCUCCUCAGCUAGUCCCGUAUCAUCAUCUUCCUCAGCCAGUCAAGCAUCAUCCUCUUCAUCUGCUAGCCCUGUUUCCUCAUCCUCCUCCUCCAGUCCCAGUUCAUCAUCCUCCUCAGCUAGUCCUGUGUCAUCAUCUUCAUCAGCUAGUCCAGUAUCAUCCUCUUCAUCAGCAAACCCUGUUUCCUCAUCCUCCUCCUCCAGUCCCAGUUCAUUAUCCUCCUCAGCUAGUCCUGUAUCAUCAUCUUCCUCAGCUAGUCCCGUAUCAUCAUCUUCCUCAGCCAGUCCCCCAUCAUCCUCUUCAUCUGCUAGCCCUGCUUCCUCAUCCUCCUCUUCCAGUCCCAGUUCAUCAUCCUCCUCAGCUAGUCCCAGUUCGUCAUCCUCCUCAGCUAGUCCCGUAUCAUCAUCUUCCUCAGCCAGUCAAGCAUCAUCCUCUUCAUCUGCUAGCCCUGCUUCCUCAUCCUCCUCUUCCAGUCCCAGUUCAUCAUCCUCCUCAGCUAGUCCUGUGUCAUCAUCUUCCUCAGCCAGUCCCGCAUCAUCAUCUUCAUCUGCUAGCCCUGCUUCCUCAUCCUCCUCCUCCAGUCCCAGUUCAUCAUCCUCCUCAGCUAGUCCCGUAUCAUCAUCUUCCUCAGCUAGUCCAAUUUCCUCAUCUUCCUCAGCCAGUCCUGCAUCAUCCUCUUCAUCUGCUAGCCCUGUUUCCUCAUCCUCCUCCUCCAGUCCCAGUUCGUCAUCCUCCUCAGCCAGUCACGUAUCAUCAUCUUCCUCAGCUAGUCCUAUAUCAUCAUCUUCAUCAGCUAGUCCAGCAUCAUCCUCUUCAUCAGCAAACCCUGUUUCAUCAUCCUCCUCCUCCAGUCCCAGUUCAUCAUCCUCCUCAGCUAGUCCUGUGUCAUCAUCUUCCUCAGCCAGUCCCGCAUCAUCAUCUUCAUCUGCUAGUCCUGUAUCCUCAUCUUCCUCAGCUAGUCCAGUUUCCUCAUCUUCCUCAGCUAGUUCCAUAUCCUCAUCUUCCUCAGCCAGUCCAGCAUCAUCCUCUUCAUCUGCUAGCCCUGUUUCCUCAUCCUCCUCCUCCAGUCCCAGUUCGUCCUCCUCCUCAGCUAGUCCAGUAUCUUCAUCUUCCUCAGCUAGUCCAGCAUCAUCCUCUUCAUCUGCUAACCCUGCUUCCUCAUCCUCCUCCUCCAGUCCCAGUUCGUCAUCCUCCUCAGCUAGUCCCGUAUCAUCAUCUUCCUCAGCUAGUCCAAUUUCCUCAUCUUCCUCAGCCAGUCCUGCAUCAUCCUCUUCAUCUGCUAACCCUGUUUCCUCAUCCUCCUCCUCCAGUCCCAGUUCGUCAUCCUCUUCAGCUAGUCCUGUAUCAUCAUCUUCCUCAGCCAGUCCAGCAUCAUCCUCUUCAUCUGCUAGCCCUGUUUCCUCAUCCUCCUCCUCCAGUCCCAGUUCGUCAUCCUCUUCAGCUAGUCCUGUAUCAUCUUCUUCCUCAGCUAGUCCUGUAUCAUCCUCUUCAUCUGCUAGCCCUGUUUCCUCAUCCUCCUCCUCCAGUCCCAGUUCGUCAUCCUCCUCAGCUAGUCCCGUAUCAUCAUCUUCCUCAGCUACAUCAUCCUCUUCAUCUGCUAGCCCUGUUUCCUCAUCCUCCUCCUCCAGUCCCAGUUCGUCAUCCUCUUCAGCUAGUCCUGUAUCAUCAUCUUCCUCAGCUAGUCCAGCAUCAUCCUCUUCAUCUGCUAACCCUGUUUCCUCAUCCUCCUCCUCCAGUCCCAGUUCGUCAUCCUCUUCAGCUAGUCCUGUUUCAUCUUCUUCCUUAGCUAGUCCUGUAUCAUCAUCUUCCUCAGCCAGUCCUGCAUCAUCCUCUUCAUCUGCUAGCCCUGUUUCCUCAUCCUCCUCCUCCAGUCCCAGUUCAUCAUCCUCCUCAGCUAGUCACGUAUCAUCAUCCUCCUCAGCUAGUCCCGUAUCAUCAUCUUCCUCAGCUAGUCCAAUUUCCUCAUCUUCCUCAGCCAGUCCUGCAUCAUCCUCUUCAUCUGCUAGCCCUGUUUCCUCAUCCUCCUCCUCCUCCAGUCCCAGUUCGUCAUCCUCUUCAGCUAGUCCUAUAUCAUCAUCUUCCUCAGCUAGUCCAGCAUCAUCCUCUUCAUCUGCUAGCCCUGUUUCCUCAUCCUCCUCCACCAGUCCCAGUUCGUCAUCCUCUUCAGCUAGUCCUGUAUCAUCUUCUUCCUCAGCUACAUCAUCCUCUUCAUCUGCUAGCCCUGUUUCCUCAUCCUCCUCCUCCAGUCCCAGUUCGUCAUCCUCUUCAGCUAGUCCUGUAUCAUCAUCUUCCUCAGCUAGUCCAGCAUCAUCCUCUUCAUCAGCUAACUCUGUUUCCUCAUCCUCCUCCUCCAGUCCCAGUUCGUCAUCCUCUUCAGCUAGUCCUGUUUCAUCUUCUUCCUCAGCUAGUCCUGUAUCAUCAUCUUCCUCAGCCAGUCCUGCAUCAUCCUCUUCAUCUGCUAGCCCUGUUUCCUCAUCCUCCUCCUCCAGUCCCAGUUCGUCAUCCUCUUCAGCUAGUCCUGUAUCCUCAUCUUCCUCAGCUAGUCCAGUUUCCUCAUCUUCCUCAGCUAGUUCCAUAUCCUCAUCUUCCUUAGCCAGUCCUGCAUCAUCCUCUUCAUCUGCUAGCCCUGUUUCCUCAUCCUCCUCCUCCAGUCCCAUAUCUUCAUCUUCCUCAGCUAGUCCAGCAUCAUCCUCUUCAUCUGCUAACCCUGCUUCCUCAUCCUCCUCCUCCAGUCCCAGUUCGUCAUCCUCCUCAGCUAGUCCCGUAUCAUCAUCUUCCUCAGCUAAUCCAAUUUCCUCAUCUUCCUCAGCCAGUCCUGCAUCAUCCUCUUCAUCUGCUAACCCUGUUUCCUCAUCCUCCUCCUCCAGUCCCAGUUCGUCAUCCUCUUCAGCUAGUCCUGUAUCAUCUUCUUCCUCAGCUAGUCCUGUAUCAUCAUCUUCAUCAGCUAGUCUAGCAUCAUCCUCUUCAUCUGCUAGCCCUGUUUCCUCAUCCUCCUCCUCCAGUCCCAGUUCAUCAUCCUCCUCAGCUAGUCCUGUAUCCUCAUCUUCCUCAGCUAGUCCAGUUUCCUCAUCUUCCUCAGCUAUUUCCAUAUCCUCAUCUUCCUCAGCCAGUCCAGCAUCAUCCUCUUCAUCUGCUAGCCCUGUUUCCUCAUCCUCCAGUCCCAGUUCAUCAUCCUCCUCAGCUAGCCCUGUUUCCUCAUCUUCAACAAUGAAUUCCUCAACUACUCCACCUUCUGUGAUGCGUCCCUUGCACUUCAGACUUCUGGAACCCUUCAAUUCCACGCUUAAUGACACAAACUCCAUGGCAUUCCAUCUCCUCAACUCCACGGUGACCCAGUCUAUUGAUGCCAUCUUCAGACCUCAGUACCCUAACAGUUACGUGGGAUCUCAUGUGAACAGUUUUCGUAAUGGCUCCAUCAUCACUGACAUGACCCUCUCUUUCUCGUCCAACAACACGGCACCAAGCAACAUUGAUGUGGUCAACACGUUGUACACGGUGGUCAACUCAUCUGGAUUUGCAAACAACUUGCCAUUGGACAGAAACAGCAUCCAGUCAAACGAUGCCAAUGUGACCAGUGCCUUCCCCUGGUACAUCACACAGUUUCUUAUACUGCAAGGAUACACAGAAAGCCUGUCUAACAACGCAUCGGACGCAUACAAGCAGCUCAACCUAAGUGUCGUCAACUGGCUGCAGCCCAUCUUUGGCAGAGUUCUAAAUGCGAGCCUGACGAGUGUGCCAUCCUGCUCCUUCAGCAAUUCCAACAACUGGACUCAGGCCAGCCUGCUACUGCAGCUGUCGGCCAAGCAAUCGGCCAGCACCUCCAUGAUCAUCUCCAGCAUCCUCGCCACGCCGAGCCCCUCGCUGAUGUACACCGAGGACAGCCUGCAGGUCAACGGGUCCCACGCACCAAUCCAAGUGUUCCCCUUUGACCUGCGGAUCCUGAAUAAGGAUUUUGUGGCCGGGAUGUCCAAUCAGUCAAACUCGAACUUCAUGGAUUUUAGCAAUCAGGUCAUCCAGUCGGUGACAAGUCUGUUUUCACAACACGCAGGAUUUUCACAGGUUUACGUGUCACAACUCAGGAAUGGGUCAGUCAUCGCCAGCACAAACAUCAGCUAUGCCAGUGGGAGCAGCAGCAGAGACAGCGUGGCACAGGUCCUGUACAGAGGCAUCACUCAGCUGUCACUCGAUGGCCUGGACCUGGACCCCGCCUCAGUCACCCCUGCAGGUACGCUUGUCUGUCCUCUAGGAUUUCAAGAUCACAUAGGUGGCCGGACGGAGGUCUAA